CAAACAGACGUAACACCUUGAACGAUUUUCAUGGAAAUCCAUCGCCCAGUUCACACUACCACAGACAAACAGACGUAACUCUUAGAGGAAAUUCAUCAAAAACUUUUGCCCGGCGUCAUUUUUAUGAGCAUACUGCCACCUGUUGGUAGAACCGCGCGCGACACUGCCGGCCAUGAUGGAUUUCGAUUUGACGUUUUGCUGGCACGCACACUACUACACAAUUGCCUGUAAUUUUCGUUUGCAUCAUUCAGCAACGUGUACACUGGCAAACGUCAAAGCGAUUGAACAGUACUGCAUCUGGUGGAACGAUCGCGUAAAUCAAAUGAAAUUUGAAUUGAUCGUUAAAUGCAUGUGCCAAGCCGUUUUGAAGAGUGUUACGUCUGUUUGUCUGUGACACUACCAUCACCUGGGUGGAAAAGUUGCACGAAUCACUGUGUUGUGCCAUAUCGUCAACAGAAGGCGCUAGUGUGAAACGUCAAACGCAUAGAAAAACGAUGCGCGCGCCUCUGGUUGUGAAAGCCACAACUACGAAAAUUUAAAAUGAUCGUUAAAAGCGUGGUCGAUGGAAAUUUCGCAAGUGUUACGUCUGUUUGUCUGUGAGUAGAUUAUUUUGCGAGUUUCGUGAACCUUCACCACCAGGUGCCGCAUUGCACCGCCCAAUAUUAAAAGUAUAACCAACCGUUUGUUUCUGUUACCUGAUUUAUGGACGGCCUUCGGAUCAAACUGUCUGCAUAAUCAAAACAAAGCAUUACAACAGGUGCGUGAUUACUCAUUGAUUUCCGCCGUUUUUCGCAGAUUUUGACCGGUGUGUUUGUGAAACUGUUCCGAAAUAUAAUUCUAGGUUUGGGAUUUUCUUGUGAUCAUCAGUAAUCUGCGUCCAUGCCGAGCCGACGUCGCGAUCGAUCUAUGGGGCAGAGCCCGGAACCGCUGCGAGCACGCAUGGGAAUCAGAAGAAGAUCUCGUGACCGCAUUCGAAACCGUCGGAGCCCUUCGCCACCACAGCAACGUGCUCCAAGAUCUCAGGUGCUUCCUAUUCGACGGCGCCGCCGGUCGUCCGGUUCACCUUCGAAGAGGUCGGGCGCCGGGAAAUUCUCCCAGUGGUUCUGCUUGGGUGUGUUCGGAAUGAGUCCUCGCACCACCGAAAGAGACCUCAGGCGACUCUUCUCUGAGUAUGGUCCAAUCGAGUGCAUCCGGGUGGUGUGCGAACCAAAGACACGGGAAUCGCGCGGAUUUGGCUUCGUCUACUUCCGGAAUCGUAGGGAUGCCGUUAGUGCCAAAGCGCAAUCAGACGGCAUGAAGUUUGACGGACGACGACUUCGGGUGGACUUUUCUAUGACGGAUCGACCCCAUUCGCCGACACCCGGCAGGUACAUGGGACCGGAUAGGAUCAGAAUUGAGCGACGACGGUCGCGUCAAGAAAGAAGCUCAUUUGGAUGCGAUUUAGAACGCCGGAUUGUCCAACACAAAUCCCCAUCGCCAACGGUUCCAUUUGUUCAUCCACGAUUUCGCCCGGUCGGAUCCAGCUCGGGAACUUCUGAUUGCUAGUUGUUUCUCUUGUUGGACUAAUAUCUUUUUUUUUACUAAAAAACUGGUGAGUGCCUCAGAUGUUUUCCUCGAUUAUAUAUGAUUCAAAAUACAUUGGAUUGAACGCGACUUUGAAUUAUUAACGGUAUUUGUAUUGUUAGUAGUAUUGUUUAGUACGCGUUGCAAGAAAAAAAUUGAUUCCAGGAUAAUUCAAACCCAUGCGAAGAGUGUUACCGUCCUCAACGGUAACAAAGCUCACGAAACAUCUUUCAACUGCUCAUUCAAAUAUAGUGUGGGCAAUAACAAUUAUUGUUUUGUUUUGGGCGUUAUGUCAAGCUGUCCUCGGGAGGAAUUUCACGUUUUGUUCUCGAAGCGGAUGGAGAGACCCAAGAGCAAUGAGCUGAUGGGUAUCAACCAAGAACAGAGGAUAGUGAGUCGGUGUUUGUUAGACCGAGAUGUUGAAUCGUGCUCGCGACGGUCGAUAGACGAGAAAGAUCGCCUGUGAUAAAAUGCCUGAUCACCAACUUUUUUUUAGAGACACUUCACAGCGAUCGGUUGGUUCAUAUAUUGUGGAAGAGCUGUUUAACCUGCAAAGACAUAAAUUCUGAUCUGAAGGUGGUGUUAAGAUACAAUCAUACUCAUGAACUUUAUGGUAACAAUGUCAUGGUGAUUGGGGGAUCGCUCUUUCCUUACACACUCAAAACGGAUUUGCGGGCUCGGCAAAAACGCGCACAGCCGUCUGCUCAGUAAAACUAUCAGCUGAUAUCCCAGCAAAAAGUGACAUUUGUUAGCUGACUCUCAGCAAAACGAUUGCCGAAGCUCAGCAAUGAACUGUCAAAAUUGCUGAGAUCUCAGCAAAAUUGUUGUUUGCUGAUUACUCGGCUGUGCAAAUCUCGGCAAAAGAAUGGAAAAAUGCUGAUAUCCCGGCAA